AUGCGGCCGACCAAGCUUGUGACGAAGAUGGUUGCCACUGGAGAGUUGUGGAUGUGGAGGAAGGAGCUGUUUGGCGGUGGGCAAAACAUCGCCCCACGAAAACACCUUCGUGCUCACAAGAUAAGUGAGGGGACAAACCGGUGCUUGUUAAUGGCCUGGGAACACGAAGACGAGGCUGCCGCGAGCUCCGGCGACUCAAAAGUCUCAGCCGCCAAAAUUUAG